UGCUGUCCGGCGGCAAGCCUUCAUUCUUUCGCAACGGUCAGCUCAGUUCCCGUUCUUAACCCGGCGCGUACGGAUCGCGGUUAAGCGAUGGCAAUGAAGCUAGUCCCGUGCGUAGUGCUUUUCCUCGCGUGGGGAAUUCCCCGCGAUUGUGCUGGUCAAAGGUAUGCAAUUAUCGCUAGCCGUACCGUGCGGCCGCACGCUAUUUAUGACAUGAUCGUAACCAACAUAUCGCCUACCAAGAAAGAGUUUGAGUGUGAAAUUGUGGACUCGAACGAUGUGAUUGUCGGCUGGUACCCCAUGGCAGUACCACCGUACGGUCUAAAGAAGGCACUGAUGCGUGUGGAAGGCCUGGAAGGAAAAGGAUACAAGCUACAAGUUUGGGACAAACAUAAGCGAACACUACUAAACUCCACGGCGCUGGAGUGCAUCCGCAAAAGCUAUUUGGUGCUGUUUCAAACUGAUAAGCCGGCGUACAAACCGGGCGAUCGGGUUCAGUUUCGUGUGAUUAUUCUGUACCCAAAUGCGGCACCGGUAAUACGCAUUCAGCCCGACUUUUUCAUUACCGAUCCGGACAGGUUGCGCAUGAAGCAGUGGCUCAAUGCCACACUGACGAGCGGAGUGUUCGAAGGUAGUUUUCAGCUGGCGGAACAAACAACGGUCGGCCUGUGGACGAUCAGUACCUCCCUGUUCGAUCAGCAAUAUAAGGAUUCUUUCCUGGUGGAGGAGUACACGCUUCCGUUGUUCAAAAUCGAGACACAAAGCGUACCGAAGCGCUUGCUUCACUGCAAGGACCCGAAGAUGUCUCUGAAGCUGAGAGCGUCCUAUGUGCAAGGUGGUGCCGUACGGGGCAAUGCCACAGUGAUCGUUCGGACGCACUUCAACAACUAUCCAUCGCAAACGAAGGAAGUAGCACGGAAGAACCUGCCGAUUAAUGGGGUAGCCCUUGUGAACUUCCCGACGGACCUCGUUGCGAAGAACUGUGACGAAGAGCGUACCGUUUGGUUCGAUGUGAAGGUCAGCGAGAGUUCUACCGGCGUUAGCUACAACGCCACCUCCACCAUGACGGUCCACAAUUCUGAAGGUGUAACGAUGGAGGUACUGGACGGGAAGGAUGCUUUCUAUCCGGGUCAGCCGAUGCGCGUUAAAGUGAAGGUAGCAACCAUUCUCGACGAGAGGCCACUCGUCCGUCGGAAUGUGAGAAUCUUGUACAGAGUGGUGGACGAGGAUCAUGACGAAAGGGAUGAAGCGAUGCCGAAUGUAUUGGUACUGCAGACGAAUGGUAAUGGGAUUGUUCAUUUCACUGUCAAUACCACCAUAAAGACGGUGGAAGUGAAUGUGGAGGGUAUGUACAACAAUCAAACAAUCCCCCUAGUCUUUGCCUACCCGAUGUAUGAAGACAAGAGUUUCGACUAUCUCGAGAUGCACUCGCGUAAUGCUUACCACACGCUCGAUCGCAACAUCACCAUCGAUCUGUACUCGAACGUGAUGCUUCAAAGAAUCUAUUAUGUUGGGUACUGCAUGAGCAGGAUAGCUGUGCAUGGAGUUCACGAGGCGAAGAAUCCGGUCAAACACCACCGGUUGGAAAUCGAGCCAAUACGACUGAUGAACCCACGGAUGAAACUGCUGGCGUAUGCCAUGAAGGACGAUGGAAAAAUAUUAAGCUCAGCAAUUAUUAUACGGUUUAAGCCCACCAGCAGUACUGCGCUCAAUAUUACGGCCACCCUGAAGGAACCAAACUCUGGCAAGUACGAGUUUAACGUUACGACUGAGGAGGAAGCCUUCGUUGGUUUGCUAGGUGUUGAUGAGCGCAUUCUGCAGCGAUCGACGAUAGACAAUAACAUUUCCCAGCGAAAGCUUGAUAAAGAGAUGCAAGACUUCGAGGACCCAUCGGGCGUGUGGUCUCCGUAUGACAGUUUUGGUAGUGUUGGAAUGACGAUCCUUACCGAUGGAUAUCUUCCUGAUGUUGGAUUCGUUCCACACCUGAGUGAGUUGGCACGAGCUGGGACAGCUCCCGAGCAGGAUUACAGCACACGGGAGGACUUCCCCGAAUCAUGGAUCUGGGAAUCGGCCCAAGCACCCAAUGGCAAAGCCUUGUUCGAGAAAUCGCUCCCGGACACCAUCACCACCUGGAUAGUGACCGGAUUCUCCGUCAGCCAGCGCAAUGGCUUACAAAUACUGAAGGAACCGUUAAAAAUAAACUCCAAGAAGUGGAUCUUCGCACAGCUCCAUAUGCCACCGUCCAUUAAACGGUUCGAGGAAGUUACGGUCCACUGUCUCGUGCAUAAUUAUGGUGCGGCUGCUAAUGUGACGGUGGAGGUGCGUCCGAAGCUUAAAGCCGUCACUCCACUUUUCCUUGCCCAAGGAGCAACGGAAACCGUUCGAAUUAAGCUUAAAUCGGCAAGUGUCGGUGAGCUGGCGGUGGAAGUAAUUCUGAGAGGACCCACCGGGAAAGUGAUCGACGCAUUGCACCAAACGAUUCCAGUUCGACCGGAGGGCUUAAUAAAAACGGUGGAAGAUGUGCGUGUCCUGAGCUUCCCUAGGCACGGUAAACAGAACUUCAGCCUUUCGCUGCCGGCGAUCGAGAAGGAUCGAGGCACAAGCUCUGGAGAGGUUACUCUCUCGGUGAUAGGCACGAUUCUCAAUCUGAACUUCUUCGAUUUGGAGCACAUGGUCAAGUCCUCCCAUGGCAACGGAGAGGAGAACCUGCUGUUCCUGCAAACCACUAUGGCCGUGUACGAUUAUUUGGAAAAGACGAACCGCUUACCACCGGCCAGCAAGGAAAAACUUCUCACCUACAUGGAGGUGGCCUAUCAACAAAUGCUAAGCCAUCGUUUAGAGGAUGGGUCGUACAGCACUUUCAAAAGAAUUCACAAGUGUGGCGAUGUCUGGUUUACGGCCAGUGCGCUGGUAGCGCUUCAGAAGCUAGCCAAGUACAUCCCCGUAGAAGACUCGCUGCUUACCGAUAGUUUGGACUGGCUUGUGCUUAACAGCGCAGAAGACGGCGGCUACAACGAAAGCUGUACGAUCGUUCAUCCACACAUUCAGCGUACGGGUGGAAGGGAACUCUCGCUGGCAAGUAGCGUUUUGUUCGCUUUCGUUGGAGGUGGCUCGAGCAAACAGUAUGAGCAGCUUACGAAGAAAACUGUAUCGCUUCUACUGAGCUCCCCUAUCGAGGAUGUGUACUUACUGGCGAAAACGACCUACCUGCUGUCCCUUAUGGGACAUCCGGAGAGUGUGGGAAUGCUUGUCACACUGAACACGAUGGCGGUAACGGAUGGAAAGUAUCGCUUUUGGAGAGUUGCCCGACGCGAAUCAACCUCUUUGGUCGAUAUGAGGGAUCAGGAAGCAACGGCAUAUGCUCUGCUAGCGAACCUGAAGCAGAACACGAUCGAUCAGGUCGAAAUGGUACGUGUUGCGCAAUGGCUUCAGAAGCACAGCUUCGCCGGCGAUCGGUGUACACCGUCUCUAGAGAGAGUGAUCGCUUUGGAAGCUCUCGCCACAGUGGCUCAUCUAAUCCCUAGCAUCGUGCCCAGCAUGUACAUUGCGGUGGGUAAUGUAAGGUUUGAAGUAAACGCAACGAACAAGGAACUGCUGCAAACUGUUACCCUUCCGAAGGGCACUAGAUCCGUUAGCGUUUCGGUGCGAGGAAGUGGUUUAGUUUUGAUAAAGCUCUCCUACCGAUACAGUCUGGCCAAUGCUACUACCACUGGAAAGACUGCGUCAAAUCGUGUCCCAAACAAAGGACCGAUCGGUGUGAACAUUAAGAAGAAAGCGGUCAAGAAUAGUAUGCUGGCUCUGCACAUGUGCUUUUCGUUGAUUCAACCGCUCUAUGUGUACGAGUCGGAUCUUUGGAAAGCGGCUAUCGAUCUACCAACGGGCUAUGAAAUUGAUGAGCAGCAGCAGCGUUAUGAUAACACUACCAAGAGCGCGAUUCUGCUAGAGAAUAAUUCUCAUCUGGAGCUCGUCUGGGAUGUACGCCAUGUGACGGAGGUUUGCUAUGCAGUUACUGCCAUCUCCCGCUUGCUGCCGGUGGACCUUAUGCCAGGACUGAUUUAUCUUUCCUCGUUCGAUACGAAAGAUAUCGUAGCUGUCUAUCAAUUUUAACUAGGAUUAAUCGCCUGAGGUACAACUGAGGUGAUUACCUUUCUACCGGAGACCUUUCGGUGUUGUAGUGCCAAGGAAGAAGAAAAACUACAAUACUCACUUAUAAAAUAAAGUCCUCCUAUGUUGCAUUUCA